AUUUUACCAUGUCCUGCCUCCUUCAUCUUAACUGAGUGGAAAAGGAGAGCGUUGAGGCUGGUGGGUGGAUGAAUACCUUUUUUUUUAAGCACUGCAUAUAUGGCAUGUGGGGUCUUGAAGUUCCCUGACUAGGACCAAUGACCAAACUCAUCCAUACCCCCUGCAGUGGAAAGCGCUGAGUCUUAAUCACUUAACUACCAGGGAGGUCCCUAAAUGAAUACUUUUUGGUGCUGGUAGCCACAUGACUUUGAAACAUGCAUCCCCUUUUAGGCCCACUCUUGAAAACUGAUUUUUCAAGGAAAAAAGAUACUAUUAGUAAACAUGUAGGAUAGAGAACUUUGACUUCCUCUGCCUGCCCUCCCCCACUCCCUACCCCCUGCAAGAGUGGCAGUCAUCUCUGGGCAGAAUUCCUUCAACAAAUAUUAUUGAGGAACUACUGUGUGUCAGGAACUGGGCAGAGAGGAGUAAGACCUGGUUACAAAACCAAGGACUUAAGAAUUCUUCACAGAGGUGAGGGCGUCGGAAGCCAUAAUUCAGUUCAGUUCAGGCACUCAGUCGUUUCCAACUCUGCGACCCCAUGGACUGCAGCACGCCAGGCUUCCCUGUCCAUCUCCCAACUCCUGGCGCUUGCUCUAACUCAUGUCCAUUGAGUUGGUGAUGCCAUCCAACCAUCUCAUCCUCUGUCGUUCCCGUCUCCUCCUGCCUUCAAUCUUUCCCAGCAUCAGGGUCUUUUCCAAAGCCUUAGGGAGGGACAAGUAAUGGAGGAUGUGAUGGCCCAUCAGAUUCCAGAACCCACACUUGGCUGAUCCUGGGAUUCCUCUAGAGAGGGUCUAGAGCAUUUCCUGACCAGUGUGGGGUAAAGCCCACAUCUGUCCUGUCCCUAGGUCUUUACUGCCCCAUCCAGACAGAAACAGAGAAGCCCCCUGGCCGCCUUGGACUGAGAUAAAAUACUUCCCCAGGUCGAAUCAGCUCUCCUUAGAAUGUGAGGGGCCUGGGGCCACUGUCCUGCAAGAAGCAGCCAGAGUCCCCAAGCCCCAGGUGUGUGCAUAGGGCUGGGGCUGAUCACAGGCACCUGGGCCCACCAGGUGGGGGCUGCUCCCAGUGGGGCUGUGGCAAGCUGGAGUGUGGCCGUCACUUUAUCCUUGCACAAGGCCCUUGCCCUUCAGAAACUCACAGUCUAAGCCGCUUAUAUCCCCACAUUUUCAAGCACCCUGGAGUCCGAGAGGGCCACUUUCCUCCCUGUGCCUGUGAAGUGUGGGUCACCUGCCCCCUUCCUGAGAAACCCCGAGAAAGGACUAGAUAGAAGGGCUUCAGCAUUCUGGGCUCCCCACAACCCAGAAAGCCACCAAAGUGGUAUUUCUGGGGUCCGAUGGUGCUGCCCCGGGUGCGCCCCGCCACCUGGCAAGCUCAGCUCGGGGUUGGGGAGCAGAGGAUACCAGGCUCACUGACUUUUGCUUUCAUCUUGGCCUCGCCGCGGGCAUACAGGGCCAUACUUCCCCCACCAGGGAUCCAAUCGUGUCCCCUCCACUGGGAGCACAGAGUCUUAAGCACUGAACCACCAGGGAAGUCCUCACUGGGCUUUUGGGAAGAGCCGACCAGAAGGUAGUGUCAGAAGACCCACAGAGGGGACACAAGGAGCCGACGCUCGCGUCUCCAGGGCGUCCCUUGAUGGUGGAGGGGCGGGGACUGCGGCCAAGCGCGGGGGCAUCUGAAGGUGCUUCUACCCCGACAGUCUCCCACAUAGGCGACCCCUGGCACCUCUGAGCUCCUAAGGGCUCUAGGGGCACGCCUCAACACAACCGCAGGCUUCAGUUACCACUUCCAUCAAGAGGCGGAUCGCCGCCUGCAAGAGACAAAACGCUGGAAGCGGGCAGCGCAGGCACACUCAGCUCAGCGACGGCCCCACCCGCUCGCCGCCUCGCCCCGCCCCUUACCCACCGCCCCGCCCCUUACCCAUCGUCCCGCCCCUUCCGCCCUCUGGGCGGGGCUAAGCGCCGCUUCCCCCGGAAGUCCGGGACCGAGCCGAACGUCCCGCCCAUCUGGGCGCUGCCCCUCCCUCCUACGGCGCGCGGGUGGGUCCUCGUCUCCUGCUCACUAACUUAGGUGUUCAGUCCCAACUCCUACGAGGUCUUGAGGCCCCACCGCGUCUCCCACAGCCCAGUCUCAGCUGCAAGCUGCUGCAGAGCCUGGAGCCAGGAAAGGAACCUGUUUCCCCUCCCUGGCCCCGCGGAAUCAGGUGGGGUCCUCGCCCCUGUCCUCAGCUUCGCCUUCCACACUCUCCCGCCCGCUCCCCGGGGCCCCUCGCCGCCCGCGCAUGGCCCAGAAGCCGAAGGUAGACCCCCACGUCGGUCGGCUGGGGUACCUGCAGGCGCUGGUCACGGAAUUCCAGGAGACGCAGAGCCAAGACGCCAAGGAGCAAGUGCUGGCCAACCUCGCCAACUUCGCCUAUGACCCCGCUAACUACCAAUAUCUGCGGCAGCUGCAGGUCCUGGAUUUAUUCCUCGAUUCGCUGUCGGAGGAGAAUGAGACCCUGGUGGAGUUUGCUAUUGGCGGCCUCUGCAACCUAUGCGCUGACAGGGCCAACAGGGAAUACAUCCUGCAGGCGGGGGGCGUCCCCCUCAUCGUCAACUGCCUGUCCAGCCCCAGCGAGGAGACCGUGCUGUCCGCCGUGACCGCGCUCAUGGGCCUGGGCUCGCCCGGCGCGGGCUCCCACCCCGAGCUGACGGCCCGGCCCGUGGUCCAGUGCAUGCUGCGCUUCUCCCUGUCGGCCAGCGUCCGGCUCCGAAACCUGGCCCAGAUCUUCCUGGAAGACUUCUGCUCUCCCAGCCAGGUGGCCGAGGCCCGCAGCUGGCGAGCGGAUGCUGCCCUGGGGAUCCCCCUGCCAAGGACGGAGGCCCCACAGCAGCCCUGACCCGCUGCCCACCGGACGAGACUGAAACCCGAGUGGGGGCUCCGGGAGAGGCGGCGGUGGCCCGCCCACAGUGCGCCCUCUCUGCUAAUGGCGCGCGCUCGGCCGUUUUCAAGGUGUGCUUUCUCCACGGCAGGUGUUUGCACUGUGAUGAAAGGCCCCUGACGAGCGAGGAAGCCAGGCCUUGAGACGCGUGGACAGGGAAGCCGAAGAUGCUGCCUUUUUCACGGGCCGCUGCUCUCAGCCUCGUGGAGAGGCCCUCGUGCCAGCCCCCCCACCCCCGCCGGGUCCCACCCUCGCGGAGGAAGCAGCGCGGUCCCUGGACUCGCAGCCUUCACAGGUGUUUCUCCGGAGGAACAGAACAGCUGGGCCUGGAGCUUAGGAGAAUUGCCUGAGCUUGAGGAAGGAAGCAUUCUCCCCAACAGAGGUGUCUGGAGUCAUUUUGAGACGCAGAAGUGAGAAGCCUUGUUUUUCAAAGUAUAUCACGGCUCCGGGAAGCUGAGGGUGGUGGCGUGCCCCUAUCUGUGGAGGCUGGGUACCUGCUCCACAAGCUCUCCAGGCUGGGCAUUCGGCCUGAUGGAUGCUGGCCCUGAGAACUCUCUGGCUUAACUGUCGAUCCGCACAGACCUGUCAGCCAGACACCACAGUAGGGCCUCAAACACCAGAGCGUGCCCCCUGCUGUUGAGAGUCCAGCCCAGUGACUGUUACGGUGGCCGUGAGGGUGAUGACACGUUGGACGACAGGCACGGACUCUUCGAGCAGUGUCUCCUCCCCUCCCCACUCCACGGUCUCCGCUUGGAAGCCCUGGCCCGCCUUCUCUGCCAUCAGGGUUGGGGCGGGGGGGGGGGGGGGGGGGGGGCGGUCCCUGUGCCUGGAAGCACGUCUGGGGCUCAGGAGGGCCUUGGGGAUGCAAGGGAGAGGGGACCAGAUGCUGACAUACAGUGCAGGGCUCAGAGCCCAGUGUACCCCGCUCAGCAUGGGGGAAGGGGUGUGGGCCCCCGUGGGAAGCUGGGGUUCGGGAUCAGGGGAAGGUCCUGGCCCCCCUUAAAGCUGACCUCUUACAUGACCAAGGAAAGGUGGCUCCAAGAGGAAUGGUGUCCAGGUGGAUGUGGGGGUGGGUGGAUUGUGGGACUAAUGGACUAAGGAGCCCAGAGGGAGGGAGGUGAAGGCCUCCUCGUCGGCCUGUAUUCCCGCUGCCCCUCAGAGGGUCCUGGCCUUUCCCUUUCCCAAAUAAAAGGCCUUAAGAGA